CGGCGGCAUCUUUCAUAUGGCUGCAGUCAACAUCUGGAAGGGUUUACUCGCGCUGUUACUCAGUCUGAAGAGUUUACCCGAGUAUAACUGCAAUUUUACCAUGUCUUUCAUAAAAGUGGACGAGAACUCUGACUUUUCUUAUCAUAACCUGCCUUACGGAGUUUUUUCCACAUUGGAUAAUCCCAGGCACAGAAUCGGCGUUGCGAUUGGAGACCAAAUCCUGGACCUCAGUGUCAUAAAGCAUCUUUUCAAUGGACCAGCUCUUGAGACCCACCAAGAUGUUUUUGAUCAGCCAACGCUUAAUGCUUUCAUGGCAUUGGGUUAUGACGCUUGGAGAGAAGCAAGAAAGUUUCUCCAGAUGCUUCUGGCUGCAAAUGAGUCCACGCUGCGUGAUGACGUCAGUUUAAGGAGCAGGGCAUUUGUUCAUCUAAGUUCAGCUGUGAUGCAUCUCCCAGCUGAGAUCGGGGACUACACAGACUUUUACUCAUCCAGAGAUCAUGCCACCAACGUUGGAAUAAUGUUCCGUGGAAAAGAGAAUGCCUUGAUGCCCAACUGGCUAAGGCUACCGGUGGGGUAUCAUGGGAGAGCUUCCUCUGUGGUUGUGUCUGGAACACCAAUCAGAAGACCCCAAGGACAAAUGAGACCAGACCCAGCUCAACCACCUGUUUUUGGGGCAAGCAAACAGCUGGACAUAGAACUGGAGAUGGCAUUCUUUGUGGGGAAAGGCAACAAGUUGGGUGAGCCCAUCCCAGUGGAGAAGACCCAUGAGCACAUUUUCGGCAUGGUUUUAAUGAACGACUGGAGUGCUCGGGAUAUCCAGGCUUGGGAAUAUGUUCCAUUAGGUCCAUUUCUGGGCAAAAAUUUUGGCACCACCAUCUCACCCUGGGUCGUUCCAAUGGAAGCACUGAUGCCUUUUGUUGAGUCCAAUACAGUCCAGGACCCUGUUCCUCUACCAUACUUAAGUCACGAUGACCCCUAUACGUUCAAUAUCAACCUGUUUGUGGCGUUGAAAGGUGAGGGAAUGCCACGUGCAGCCACCAUUUGUAAGUCAAAUUUUAAGUACAUGUACUGGACCAUGAAACAGCAGCUGGCACAUCACACAGUCAAUGGUUGUAACGUCAGACCAGGUGACCUGCUGGCAUCAGGCACCAUCAGUGGACCGGAUCCAGAAAGUUUUGGCUCUAUGCUGGAGCUCUCGUGGAGAGGAUCUAAGACUAUUGACCUCGGCAAUGGAGAAACAAGGACCUUCUUGAAGGAUGGGGAUGAGGUUACACUCACAGGUUAUUGUGAGGGCAGGGGUUACAGAGUGGGCUUUGGUCAGUGUGAAGGGAAGAUCAUUCCUGCCCUCCAACAGUGACAUAACUGUCACCAGACAAAAGGCAUGUCAUCUACAUCUACAAACAAAUUCAACAUCAUUCCUACAAAAAAAUUGAAUGUUAAUACACACAAAAUCUAAACUUUAUAAUUGAAACAUGCAGUUGUUGCAAUUCCCCCACUAUCGGACAUUGGCCGAUUGAUUAGAAAGAGACAAUGUCCAAAAGUGCAGGCUAUAUCCUGUCAAUCCAAAACACAUCAGAAUUCAAGCUGUGUGAUUAUUUUGAAUUUGGUGACAAUGUACUGAAGACUUUCCAUGAUUUCUGUACAUCAUAAUUUGAAUUAGCAGAUGUCAUUAUUAGUAAAAGAAUUUCGGUAUCACUACAGAAAUUUUGUAUUGGUGCAUCCCUACUUUUGGACAAUUUACAUACUUUAUUUUAAGGUUGCUGAGACAGUUUUUUACUGUAUCUUGUUACUGAAUUUUUACAAUAAAGUUACCAUUUACCUGUA